UUUGUUAAGAAACAUGCUCAAAGAAUUGAUUGAUACAGCAGAUGUCAGCCACUAAAAUUAGGAAACUGCUUUGCUACAUGUUAGUAAGAAAUCUAGGAAAAGUGAAAAUUCAAUAAGGUAGACAUUUUGAGUAAAGCCCAUAAAUCUGUUUUAGUCCAUAAUCCUGAAUUCUUAACCUUGCCAACUAAAUUGUUGUCACUAAAUACCAGGCUGUUGUACUUCAUUUUCUGAAGUUUCUUUCUCCUAUUUAAUUCAAUCAUACCUAUUGUUCCUUGUACCAGAAGUACAAGUUCCUCAUUUCCCCUUAUCCUGAGUUCUUAUUUAUGCUCCUUCCAAAACAUAGGAUUUAUUAUGCUCAAGCAUGAAUUGAAUUUCAUUGUUCCUUUACCCACAUUUUAUUUUCUGUACUUAGUGUAACCUGUUCAGCUAUAAAUUUUUAUUUUUUUCCAGGUUUGAGCUUAAACUUUGUAAACUUUUUUUGUUUGAUUUUGUUGUGUUAAGCAUAUCAUAAUCACACAGCUGUAGGUUAGUAAAAGAAAUUCAGUAACUAAGUUUUUGAGAGGGGAAGAACAAUGAAAGGAUAAAUUAAUAAUUUUAAAAGUCAAAUAGAUAUACAAAGUAUAAAUGCCUUCACCAAAGAAAAUGGAACUAGUUAUAUGAGAAUUCGAGUAUUUUAAGGUUUGUAACUGGAGUACUAUUUGUCUAUUAAUACAGUUGUAGGAAAGUUAUAGUUUUAUAAGAAGACCCAUGAAAUGGAGAAAAUAAGUUUCAUUAAAUGGACAGAAAUGAGUUUGGACAUGCAGAAACAAACCUUUCUUGUUAGAAAUUCAAGUCAGCAUUUUUUAUUCCUGUCUUUUUCCUUUGUGAAGUCUUAUUUGUCACCCAAACACAGAUGGAGUUAAAACUGGCCUGGUGCACCUGUGGUACAAGUGGUUUUUGCAAUAAUCUGUCUAGAGUCAAUUGGAAAUGCUAAAACAACCAGGAAUGAUAAUAGCAGCCGUUUUGGGAAGUAUAUUGAGAUUGGCUUUGAUAAGAGAUAUCGAAUCAUUGGUGCCAAUAUGAGAACUUACCUUUUAGAGAAAUCCAGAGUGGUGUUCCAGGCAGAAGAGGAGAGAAACUACCAUAUCUUCUAUCAGCUUUGUGCCUCAGCAAAGUUACCUGAAUUUAAAAUGCUGCGAUUAGAAAAUGCAGAUAACUUUCAUUAUACGAUGCAAGGAGGCAGUCCUGUGAUUGAAGGAGUGGAUGAUGCAAAGGAGAUGGCACACACCAGGCAGGCCUGCACUUUGCUGGGAAUUAGUGAAUCUUAUCAAAUGGGAAUUUUCCGAAUACUUGCUGGCAUUCUUCACUUAGGAAAUGUUGGAUUUACAUCUCGAGAUUCAGACAGCUGCACAAUACCUCCCAGGCAUGAACCUCUCACCAUUUUCUGUGACCUCAUGGGCGUGGACUACGAGGAGAUGUGUCACUGGCUCUGCCAUCGGAAGCUGGCUACUGCCACAGAGACAUACAUCAAGCCCAUCUCCAAGCUGCAGGCCACAAAUGCCCGUGAUGCUUUGGCCAAGCACAUCUAUGCCAAGCUCUUUAACUGGAUUGUGGAUCAUGUCAAUCAGGCCCUCCAUUCUGCUGUCAAACAGCACUCUUUUAUUGGUGUACUGGACAUUUAUGGAUUUGAAACAUUUGAGAUAAAUAGUUUUGAACAGUUUUGCAUAAAUUAUGCAAAUGAAAAACUACAGCAACAAUUCAAUAUGCAUGUCUUCAAAUUAGAACAAGAAGAAUAUAUGAAGGAACAAAUUCCAUGGACACUCAUAGAUUUUUAUGAUAAUCAGCCUUGUAUUAAUCUUAUAGAAUCUAAACUGGGCAUUCUAGAUUUGCUGGAUGAGGAGUGCAAGAUGCCUAAGGGUACAGAUGACACUUGGGCCCAAAAAUUGUACAACACACAUUUGAACAAAUGUGCUCUCUUUGAAAAGCCUCGUCUAUCAAACAAAGCUUUCAUCAUCCAACAUUUUGCUGACAAAGUGGAAUACCAAUGUGAAGGCUUUCUUGAAAAGAAUAAAGACACUGUUUUUGAAGAACAAAUUAAAGUUCUUAAAUCAAGCAAGUUUAAGAUGCUACCAGAACUAUUUCAAGAUGAUGAGAAGGCCAUCAGUCCAACCUCAGCCACUUCUUCAGGGCGCAUACCCCUCAGCCGCACUCCUGCCAAGCCUACCAAAGGCAGACCAGUCCAGACGGCCAAAGAGCACAAGAAAACGGUGGGGCACCAGUUCCGAAACUCCCUUCACCUGCUUAUGGAGACACUCAAUGCCACUACUCCUCACUACGUGCGCUGCAUUAAGCCUAAUGACUUCAAGUUCCCAUUCACGUUUGAUGAGAAGAGAGCAGUGCAGCAGCUGAGAGCGUGCGGCGUCCUGGAAACCAUCCGAAUCAGUGCAGCGGGCUUCCCCUCACGGUGGACUUACCAGGAAUUUUUCAGCCGCUACCGUGUCCUAAUGAAGCAAAAAGAUGUGCUGAGUGACAGAAAGCAAACAUGCAAGAAUGUGUUAGAGAAACUGAUAGUGGACCAGGACAAAUACCAGUUUGGUAAGACGAAGAUCUUUUUCCGUGCCGGUCAAGUGGCCUAUCUAGAAAAAUUGAGAGCAGACAAACUGAGGGCUGCCUGCAUCCGGAUCCAAAAGACCAUCCGAGGGUGGCUGCUGAGGAAGAAGUACCUACGCAUGCGGAGGGCGGCCAUCACUGUGCAGAGAUAUGUGCGGGGCUACCAGGCCCGAUGCUAUGCUAAGUUUCUGCGCAGAACCAAUGCAGCAACCACCAUUCAGAAGUACUGGCGCAUGUAUGUGGUCCGCAGGAGGUACAAGAUCAGACGAGCUGCCACUGUUGUUCUUCAGUCUUAUUUACGAGGCUACUUGGCCAGAAAUAGGUAUCGCAAGAUACUCCGUGAGCACAAAGCAGUCAUCAUUCAGAAGUGGGUCCGGGGCUGGCUGGCUCGCACACACUACAAGAGGAGCAUGCAUGCCAUCAUCUACCUUCAGUGCUGCUUCCGGCGGAUGAUGGCCAAGCGUGAGCUAAAGAAGCUCAAAAUUGAGGCUCGCUCUGUGGAACGCUAUAAGAAGCUCCACAUUGGCAUGGAGAACAAGAUCAUGCAGCUACAGCGCAAAGUCGAUGAACAGAACAAAGAUUACAAAUGCCUCAUGGAGAAACUGACCAAUCUGGAAGGAAUAUAUAACUCGGAGACUGAGAAACUACGAAGUGACUUAGAACGUCUUCAACUAAGUGAAGAAGAAGCUAAGGUUGCCACUGGGAGGGUCCUUAGUCUGCAGGAAGAAAUUGCUAAGCUCCGGAAAGACCUGGAACAGACUCAGUCAGAGAAAAAAUGCAUUGAGGAACGUGCAGAUAGGUACAAACAAGAAACAGACCAGCUGGUAUCAAAUCUGAAGGAAGAAAAUAUUUCGCUGAAGCAGGAAAAAGAAGCCCUCAAUCACCGUAUUGUGGAGCAGGCUAAGGAGAUGACAGAAACUAUGGAGAAGAAGUUAGUAGAAGAAACGAAACAGCUGGAACUUGAUCUUAAUGAUGAGAGGUUGAGAUAUCAGAACCUUCUGAAUGAAUUCAGUCGCCUGGAAGAACGAUAUGAUGAUCUCAAGGAAGAGAUGACCCUGAUGGUGAAUGUGCCUAAGCCUGGACACAAGAGAACUGACUCCACCCACAGCAGCAAUGAGUCUGAAUAUACCUUCAGCUCUGAAAUUGCAGAAACAGAAGACAUUCCGUUUAGGACCGAGGAGCCAAGUGAGCGGAAGGUGCCCCUGGACAUGUCAUUGUUCCUCAAGCUCCAGAAGCGGGUCACAGAGCUGGAGCAGGAGAAGCAGGUGAUGCAGGAUGAGCUGGACCGCAAGGAAGAGCAGGUGCUCCGCAGCAAGGCAAAGGAAGAAGAAAGACCACAAAUUAGAGGUGCAGAACUGGAAUAUGAGUCACUUAAGCGUCAAGAACUAGAAUCAGAAAACAAAAAACUGAAAAAUGAACUAAAUGAGUUACGCAAGUCCCUUAGUGAGAAAAGUGCCCCAGAGGUGACUGCUCCAGGUGCCCCGGCCUACCGUGUCCUCAUGGAGCAGCUGACUUCCGUGAGUGAGGAACUCGAUGUCCGCAAAGAGGAAGUCCUCAUCUUGAGGUCUCAGCUGGUGAGCCAGAAAGAGGCCAUCCAACCCAAGGAUGACAAGAAUACAAUGACAGAUUCCACAAUACUUUUGGAAGAUGUACAAAAAAUGAAAGAUAAAGGUGAAAUAGCACAAGCAUACAUUGGUUUGAAGGAAACAAAUAGAUCACCUGCCAUGGAUUGCCAUGAGCUGAAUGAGGAUGGAGAGCUGUGGCUGGUUUAUGAAGGGUUAAAACAAGCCAACAGGCUCCUGGAAUCCCAGCUGCAGUCGCAGAAGAGGAGCCACGAGAACGAGGCCGAGGCCCUCCGUGGGGAGAUCCAGAGCCUGAAGGAGGAGAACAACCGGCAGCAGCAGCUGCUGGCCCAGAACCUGCAGCUGCCCCCGGAGGCUCGCAUCGAGGCCAGCCUGCAGCAUGAGAUCACCCGCCUGACCAACGAAAACUUGUAUUUUGAGGAAUUAUAUGCAGAUGACCCUAAGAAGUAUCAGUCCUAUCGGAUUUCACUUUACAAACGGAUGAUUGAUCUAAUGGAACAACUUGAAAAACAAGAUAAGACUGUCCGGAAACUGAAAAAACAACUGAAAGUAUUUGCCAAAAAAAUUGGUGAACUAGAAGUGGGCCAGAUGGAGAACAUAUCUCCAGGACAGAUCAUUGACGAACCUAUCCGUCCAGUCAACAUUCCCAGGAAAGAAAAGGAUUUCCAAGGAAUGCUGGAAUACAAGAAGGAAGAUGAGCAAAAACUUGUCAAGAACCUGAUUCUGGAACUGAAGCCACGUGGUGUAGCAGUCAAUUUGAUUCCAGGAUUACCAGCAUAUAUCCUGUUUAUGUGUGUUCGACAUGCUGACUACCUGAAUGAUGAUCAGAAAGUAAGGUCAUUGCUGACAUCAACAAUUAACAGCAUCAAAAAAGUAUUGAAGAAAAGAGGUGAUGAUUUUGAAACUGUCUCCUUCUGGCUCUCUAACACAUGCCGAUUUUUACACUGUUUGAAGCAGUACAGUGGAGAAGAGGGCUUUAUGAAGCACAAUACGUCUCGCCAGAAUGAACACUGCCUCACCAAUUUUGACUUGGCUGAGUAUCGGCAGGUGCUGAGUGACUUGGCCAUUCAGAUCUACCAACAGCUUGUCCGAGUGUUAGAGAACAUCCUUCAGCCAAUGAUUGUCUCAGGCAUGCUGGAGCAUGAAACAAUUCAGGGCGUGUCUGGAGUGAAGCCCACCGGGCUAAGAAAGCGCACCUCCAGUAUUGCUGACGAAGGCACCUACACACUGGAUUCCAUUCUUCGGCAGCUCAAUUCCUUCCACUCAGUCAUGUGUCAGCAUGGAAUGGACCCAGAACUGAUCAAGCAGGUGGUCAAGCAGAUGUUCUACAUCGUGGGGGCUAUCACCCUGAACAACCUCCUCCUGCGGAAGGACAUGUGCUCCUGGAGUAAAGGCAUGCAGAUCAGGUAUAAUGUCAGUCAACUGGAAGAAUGGCUACGUGACAAGAAUCUGAUGAACAGUGGAGCUAAAGAAACCCUGGAACCUCUCAUUCAGGCUGCUCAGCUUUUGCAAGUGAAAAAGAAGACAGAUGAUGAUGCAGAAGCUAUUUGUUGCAUGUGCAAUGCUUUAACUACUGCCCAGAUUGUCAAAGUGUUGAAUUUGUAUACUCCAGUUAAUGAGUUUGAAGAAAGAGUUUCUGUAUCAUUUAUUCGUACUAUACAGAUGCGUUUACGAGACAGGAAAGACUCUCCUCAGCUGCUCAUGGAUGCUAAACACAUCUUUCCUGUCACCUUUCCUUUUAACCCAUCCUCCCUCGCACUAGAAACCAUCCAGAUUCCAGCCAGCUUGGGCCUGGGAUUCAUUUCACGGGUCUGAAAGUGUUGUCCAGGCAAACAUUGACAAUACGUUUCUUGCCUGAAAUAAGAACAUAUUAUUUCCAGUGAGCUACUGAAAAUACAUUUUUAAAGAGAAAGUACUGAUUAUCUACAGAACAAGAGGUUAGUAACUGGAAAUCUCCCUUGAAUGCUUUCAUCACCUUGGAAACAAAUAUAGGCUCUUUUGUGUUGUGUUAUCUUUACAGCAACGCUCAUCCUUGACCAGUUAGGUACCCUGAGUGUACAUGCAGGUGAAUGAUGGAAGGAAGGGAGGGAGAAAAGAAGGAGAGGAGGAGGAAAAUAUGUCUUCAGCUGCCAGCAUUUUUUUAAAAUCCUUAACACUGCAUUUAAGUGAUAUAGAAAACAUAAAUUCCAUAUAUGAGCUGUUGUUAGGAAGGCACCAAGAAAGAACCUCCUCUGUGCUAAAUAGAAAAAUUGAAAGAAAAGUCACCCUUGAGUACAUAUCAUAUCAGUUUAGGAAUCAAUUGUGUUGAUAUUGUCAAACUGGAUCAAGAAAUAAACUGGCAAUAUAUAAAGUAAUUGGUCAAGUAACUUCCUUAUUUGUGUCACUAUGAUAUAGAGAUAUUAAAUUAAUGUUGGUUUGCUACAUAGCAUAGAUGUCCAUUUACUGUAGUUUACUGAGCAUUUUAAAUUGCUGCUACAUAUAUAUUAUCUUCUUAAAAUGUCAGCGAUAUUCUUAUUAGGCACUACAACAAUAAGCUCUUUUAUCAACUGUUUACAAUUCAAUCAAAUCACAGUUUUAACUGGAUUAUAUGCAAAUAUCUAUGGAUUCACCUGCACAAGUAGAAGACACUGGAGAGUCAUGUAGUAAUAUGACAAAAUGCUUGACACUUAGGGGUAGGAUUAGACCAAGUGGCUACUGUUGAUGUCAAUAUUUAUUCAGGAUAUGUUACAUUGAUGUGCUAUUAAUUUCCCAUAGGUGGAUAUUGCAUCAGGGUACAGUAUUAUGUGAAAUGACUUAUUUUUAGUUACUACAUCUGAUUCCUGCAGUGCAUAUUUUCAAUAUUAACAGCUUUUCUUUCUUCUUAAUUUAUUAAGAAUAAAUCUCAGUUACUAUCUAGAAAAGAUUGUCAGAAUAUUCAUGGUUCAGAUCUUGAAACAUUGAUUAUCCUAUAAAUUAUACAAAGAGGGUAUAUAAUAAAUAUUUAAUGAUUCAGUUUUUUAGGCUUUGCAACUUCUAUAAAUGUUCUCAGAUACCACUAGAUACUUUAAAAAACAUCAUAUUAGAAAUAUUUUAAGAAAACUUAUAUAAGAAAAUAUAAGAAGACUGUUGAAUUUUACAGAAGAUUUGGUUCUGUAAGACCCAGAUUCUAUAAGUUUUCAUUCUGAAGUUCUAAUUAAACAUACUCACCAUUUUUUUCUAGAAAUCUUAUACAACAAAUCCUUCAGGUUAUGCAAAAGCAAAUUAUUAGCUUUCAUUAGAAACUCUGGUUCUGAGUUACAAUCAUAGAUUAUAUAACUUAACUGUUAGAUGGUCUAUAAAAAUGACAUAUCUUAUUAAAAUAUGUGCAAUAUUAUUUAUAGAAGUCAAACAGUUUCAAAUCAGUGAUAAAGAUUAUUAUUAAAAGAUAAAUACUGUCAAUGUAUUUGGGCCUCAGUUUCCUUGUUUAUAAAAUAAGAGGGCUGGACAACUGAUUUUUAAGGUCCCUUCCACAUCUAAACUUCUCUCCUCUCAGCAUUUGGAUCCUAGAGAAAAGAGCUGCAGCUAAUCAGUAAGUCCAUGCUCUGGUGGAGAGAGAAGUGUGUGGUGCCUAUCAAUUCCAUAGGAUUAAUGAAAUAUAAAAUUACAAGAUUGUGUAGCCGCAGCCUUUCUCAAAUGUACAUGAUUUAUGUAUAUGCUUUAAAAAGUACUACUAUAUUUGUAUUAUUUGAAAAUUCAUUAGUUUAAGUCCGUUUUAUUACAUCAUGUACUGCUUUAUUCAGUUUGAGUAUAUUUAUUUAUUUGCAAUAUCAGCCAAGAUCACUACUGAAUCAAUCAGAUUCUCCCAGUUUUUCCUGAUUGUCAAUGUGGUUUUCACCGAACAAUUAAUUCAUAAUCAUCUGGUUAGUACUGACUGUGUCAGAGUCUAACAGCAUACAUGGGACACGAGCGGGGGAGUUGCUAAGAAAACACACCCAUGGUAGGCUGUCCGCCUCAGCCCUGGAAAUCCUCCUGGACCCUUCCCCCAGCUUAGUCCCGUGUAGUGUGACCCACACACUUCCUGAAUCUCGUCAGAUCUUCAAGAUCACUUUGUAGCUCCCACUGCCAUGCAGCCCUUUUUCUGACUCUAGACAGCCCAUGUCUGGAAGUGUCUCUGGUCUGGGCCUUUGUCUCUCUCCUGUCUCCUGUCUUUCUGCUGUCCAGUGUUGGAGCCACUGUUCCACACCUGGGCCAGAACUUCCUCUGCCGCCUUAUGCAGUUGCUCCUGGUCCAGUGAUGGUGGCACAAAGGUUCUGCUAUUCCAGGGCUCCAACUUCCUCCAGGGCCUACCCAGAACCCCAGAUGGUAUCUGAAUUAACUUCUCAUGGUGGCCUAAAGAUUUUUUAGUCAUGAAAAGCAUACCUUAAAACCAGGGAACCCCAAGAUCCAGUAAAUGAUUCUGUGUAUACUACUUUCUUGAAGGUGCACGAGAUUCUGCUGACUGAGGGUUCCCUCUGACCAGCUUGAGGAUUGCUUUCCCUCUGCCAUCCACACUCUCUCACCCAGCUUCAGACACACCCCCGCCAGCCUUCCCCCUGCCCACGUAUCUGUUCUCUUCUCCUUCCCUCAACUUACCAUGUAUCCCGUUCCCUGCAAACUUACCUGCUGUUUGUGCACUGAAGACAGGUAGAUGGAGUCAGUCCUCAGUCGCCCCAGCUGGCCUUCCUGGUGCUGAUCCUCAGGCUAAUCUUUGCACAGGUUCUUGUUUUCAAUUCUCUGCAAUACAUUCUUUAACAUUAUCGCUAAUUGGCAUUUUCAAAAUUCGUCUGUGCCACACAAUAAGAAUUCAAAGGCAGAGAUCUUAAAAGCCACAACAGUUCCUUGUCUCUACAGUCCCCUCCCCAGCCAUAUUACAUACAGAGUCACCUUACAUCCUUGGAACACAAAGCUAAAAAUUAAAAGUAGUUUCCCUUCUUGCAGCUUUUUUUAGGCUGAGCCUUUGAUCUGCCUGAAAAUAACUCUGAAAGGAGGGAAGAUGAGUAUGAGAUAAAAUCCUCAAAGUGUAGCUUCAUGGUUACUUUGGAAGUUGUGAGAAUUUCCAUGUACCUGACACUUCUUUCAUUGGGUACAAAAGUACCAAAAUACAUUCCAAAGCCAACUGGUAGGAGAUUUGGGGAUUUGUGUCACUUUGGAUGAUUUACUUUGUUAUUCCUUCAUUUCAGUGCGUAAUUGAGAGUUAGCCCUUUCUGGGUGAGUAAUUAUGUGUAAUAUAGAUCAACUCUUUUAAUAACAUAGUGAGGGAGCUAUGAAAAUAUUUUAUUAGAAUUUCAGUGUAGUGAUCGUUGCGAGAAAUAUCCUGGUAACCCUAGGAAAAUGGGCACAUGCCACCAUCCUGAGAAGUCCUCACACAAUAUUAUCUCUCUGUCUCUCUCUCUAUCUCUCUCUGUCUCUCUCUCUGUCUCUGUCUCUGUCUCUCUGUCUCUCUCUCUCUCUCUCUCUCUCACACACACACACACACACACACACACACAGAGUUGCCAGUUCAUAGAGUUCCUCAGCAGGUAUUGUUAAGGGGCCACUGGGUGGUGUCAACUGCUUAGGGUAAAACAAGGAGCGCUGAUUAGCAUGUGACACUGACAUGGUCCUAUUGAAAGUAGUGCAGAAACAGUACCUGUGUCCAGAUGUGCUUUCCCACAGCACUCUUCCUCUAUGUUACCUCAUUUCAUCCUCACAGCAGCGUGGGUGGUAGAUAGAGUAGCUUCUGCAAUCAUUUGCUGAUGGUAACCCGAGAUAUAGAGAUAAGGUCAGUGACCCUCCUGAAAUCAUACAGCCCUACAGCAGUUGCACUUUCCCAUACAAAGCAGUAGCAGGGUGGGCACAUGUGAGGCAGAGACUUUAAAAAGUCACACUUUUUAAAGGAGGUCAUGUUUUGUCCCUUCUAGUACCCGUGGGCUACCUAGGCCAGCAGGGGUGCUCUUUCUCCUUAUCAGAGUUGGCAACUGGCAUGUGGGAACUGAGCAAAUGCUGAGUACCAGACUGUUUGUUCUAAGGAGACCAAGUACCCAGCGCCAGUUGGUUUUCUUUUUUAUCAUAGUUACCUGCUAUAGCUAGGCUUGGCUUUUGUCAUGAAUCGGUGCUCACUAGGAGGGUGCGAUACUCUGUGGUUUGGCAUUAAUUAGUAGCAGCUGUCUCAACCAAAAAGACAGGAAGCAGUGCAAGCCUUUCUAAAGUUAAGAGGAAGGUCACUCUCCACACACCCCUCAGAGUCCCUGUUACAGCUAUCAGGUGAGCUGCACAGCCUGCAGAGAACCUGUAGCCACAGGCCACCCUCCCAAUUUAGGUCCUCAGCACAGAGGAGCCUAGGCAGGCCACUGGGCACCUUCUGAGAGCUGUCCACCGGACAGACCAUCUACAAGUCAAUGUGUAUUUGGACACUAUGGUGUGUGCAUGCUGCAGGUGUUGGCCUUGGAGCUAGGAGGUGUGCUGUGUGCAUGCGUGUUAAAGAGGCUCUGUGUAUUGCCGUGGCCUCUCUGUGGCUAAGUGCAUUGUAAUUUGUUCUCAGGCUGUGCUGUGAGGGCCGCCUUAACCCUUGCUCCCUUCCCUUCUAGAGCUGCCUUAAGUUCUCCAGAACUUUUCUUCUGUAAGGGGUAUCUUGCCUGGAAGGAUAUCUUGCCCUGUUUCUCAAGGUUUUGUGAAGGUUUUGAUUGGGGGUGGCUUCCAACCACUAAUUCCUUUCCCCUCUUCCUGCAUGACCCCCCCUCCUCCUGUCACUUUCUCCUUCCUUUCCUUUCCAAACAGGGAUUAGAACUAUAGGGCAGCAACCAUCUCAGAGCCAAUGUAAUGUCAGCUUAGAAAAUGUUCCUGAGUUAGUGGGACUCUGUGUCACAAUAAGCAAAUUAACAUAUGGAAGAAAUAUAGAGAUAGGCUAGAUUCUUGGUAAUACGUAAAUGUCUUGUUUUCCACUAACCUUUUCUUAAGAAAAGUAAAGGGUACAAUUCUAAAACUUUUCAUGGGCAUUCUUGAAAAAGAAAAAUUUUUUAAGAACCCUUUAUUCUAAAAGGUUGAUAAAAAUAGGAAAGAGUGCUAUAAGUUCUAAUCCAUUGUAUUGCCCGAAAUUAAACAAACCAACCCAGAAUUAAAGUAGAUUUCUCAAUAGAUCAGGAACUGAAAAAUACUAUGUAAAAUAACUUCCAAAAUGCAUUUUAUACACUUUUUAUUUUGUAAUUUGGUCUAACUAAAAUGUUCAUUAGCUUAACUUGAUAGGUAUUAUUGGAUUCAUAAAAUGUCGGAAAAUGACUAUCAUUUCCUUAGUGUUGUAAUGAUUGAAAUAUUUGAAAGAAAAAUGAUGGGUUUUUUUUUUAGUUGAAAUUGGUAUAUAUAAUUCAAUGCUUGGUAGGUCAGUACAUUUUCAUGCAUUUUUCAGAGUCAACAGUUUCAAAUAUCUUAUUGUUACUAUUCUGUUAUAAAAUUUUAGCCUACAUUUCAGGCUUUCUAAAUGAUUUGAGCCAUUAUGUUUUUCAGAAAAAUGGUGAGUUUUUUUAAAAACAUGGAUAUGUAUGUUGUAAUUUAUGAUUCCUAGUUAUGUAUUUUUGUAGGAUCACAGAGUAACAUUGACUUUUUUGUGUCUUUGGAAAAUUUCAAUUGCUCUAACAGUGUUGCACAGAAAUGAGCUCAUGACAUUUAACAUAUUGUAUUUUGUUAACUUUAUUUAUUAAUUUACUAUGAAAUGGACAUGCCUUUUAACUAUAAUGAAAUUGAAUAUUGCAGUUUCUCAUAUAUUUUCCCUUGUUGGGUCUGGAGAAGGAAUUCUACUUUGAUCUGCAUAGAAAAGCAUGAUAUAAUCUUUAGAAAGUACUUAAGUGAAAUAUUUACCCAUUAAAAAAGAAGCAGAAAUACUGAGAAGUGAAAGGCAUUAUCAACUAACUCUGGUUUUAAACUGAACCCAUUCUAGCAUAUCUUAUAUGAAAUUUUUAAAAAUAAGUUAAUAAUUCACCUCAUAUCAACAAAAGCCUUUGAAACAUGGGUUUUCACUAGAUAUCACCUAGUGCUAAGAUGAAAACCAAAACAAUAUCAGAAUGACAUUUAUGCUCUAAAUUUGUAGUUGUCUAAUGUUGUGCUUAGUAAAUGUGUAUCAUUAAUGCUGUAUUCUCCUAGCUAUUAUAGAAUAUUGUUUAAAUAAAGGUAUGAAUAUAA